AUGAUAGAGUCAGGGAACGCACCAGCCUCUGCUGCCCUUGCAGCCUGUGUGAGGUGGUGGGACGGCGGUGCUGCGCUAUCUGGCGGAUGGAGAUUGGCUGCUGUUCAACCGCACCCCGUCGCUGCACAAGCUGAACCUCAUGGCGUUUCGGGUCGGGUGUGCCGCGUGCCGGCUGCUGUCUCCGCCAGCGCCCUCCUGCUGAACCCCCAGGUGUGUGCAGCCAUAGCAGGGGAUUUCAACAGCGACGAGGCAAAUGUGUUCAUGAGCAAGCUCAAGCAGCUGCCGCAUCAGAGUUUCCCUCCGCUGCUGCUCAGCCUCUUGAGCUUGUUCUUAGUCAUGCACU